AUGAGCUCUAGCUUCUCGCCUUUGGAUUCACCGACUCCCACCCCCACAAGUCUCUAUAGCCAAGGCUCAUUAGCCUCGCCCGUUUGGCAGGAGGGUGGUUCAUACCCGGGGCAAACUUUUGAUCGUAAUACCGGCUCAACGCCAAUGCGGAACACCUUUCGCUUACCUGGGAUGUCAUCCAAUGAGCCCGUCGGGCUGCCUUAUGGCAACAUGGACGCACAAGAACGGAUGCCUAUGCCAGACUUUAUAUCUGGGUAUGACGAAAAUGUCGAGCAGUUUUGGAUCCCAUCUGAUGCGCCAAAAACAUAUGAGUCGGGAACACAUGGACUACCAUACCCUCCUGUUAUGCAUCAAUACCCGUCAAUGGCCCGGAACACCUACCGUCAUCAUACUGUGCCGUACCUACCAGAAUCCGCGACCAAUCCAUGUUUGUCUCGGUCCAUCUUCCACCAGCCGGAGCGUGUGUCGACGUCGAUGUCUAUGAACAACAUGAUACCCUGGAUGGCCCAGCCAGCGGAGUCAAUUCCACAAACCAUCGCUCCGUCCCAAGUAGGACCAGUGACCCCGCCCCCCUCAUACUCUGACUACUCGACGUCGAUGAACACUUUGAAGUCGCACACUCCAACGACACCUAUUCGGUCAUGCUCCUUGGGCACUGCUUCUGGUACAGAUACUCCUAUGAGCCGUCUUUCAGGUUGCGCCGGUGACUAUCUUGAUGAUUUCCAGCAGUCACCGGUAUACCACGAUGGACUCCAACGGCCUCACCGUCAGAUGUCCAGGAAGGUUGCUAGAAAGCAGUCGUCCAAACAAAGUCUUACUUUAGAAAAUCUGCCAUCUAUCAUCAAACAAGUUCAGUUCAAGUGCAAAGAGCCUGGUUGCAAGGGACGAUUCAAAAGACAAGAGCACCUGAAGCGACACAUGAAAAGCCAUUCCAAGGAGAAGCCACAUGUCUGCUGGGUUCCUGGUUGUCACCGGGCAUUCUCUCGCAGCGACAAUCUUAAUGCUCACUACACCAAAACCCAUAGCAAACGCGGUGGUCGCAACCGGUAUGUCGCCACAUUGGAUGAGACUAGCCCGGACUAUGACCCCGAUUUCCGCGGACAGCUCACACCUGAUGGCCGUCCGAUCUAUGGGUCAAAAUUGGAAGACCCUCUCCCCGAUACUCGGGAGUUGAGCGUUGACGGUUGGGACGAUUGA